AGUUAUAAAACAAUCCAAUUUGUAUGAGGUUUUAAUAUUUAUGCAAUUUUUUAAAAUUUUGAUUCAAAUCUACAUUUAGUUCUGGAUAUUGGUUCUCAGAAUAAAUUUAAAUUUUAGAGGCGAGUUUCGAGAAUUGAUCUUGAAGUUUCAGAAUCGACCUUUCUCCUACGUUCUGUUACUUGGUUACCUACCUGUUUGUUUAUUAUUUUGUGAGAACUGUCAAUUUGAAUUUUUGAAUUUUAAAAGUCACUGAACUUAUUCAAUUUUAAACUUAUUGUGCUUCUUCUAUAGAUUCUUAGGUUUUGUCUAGAUAUAUUAAAAUAACAUUUUGUAUUACUGAGAAUUUAUAAUGGAAGAUAAAAUAACUUACUUGGAGCCUUCAUUAGAAAAGCAACUGAAGGGUCACCGCAACGGCAUCACAGCUCUUUUUUUUAAUCCAAAUGAUAAGCAAAUUGCUUCCAGUUCUUUAGAUAACAGUGUUUUGCUGUGGGAUUUACGAGGAACUAUGAGAAGUUAUAGAUUUCAAGGCCAUGAUGAAGCAGUCAUGGAUGUAACAUUUUCUCCAUCCGGUAAAUAUAUGGCUUCAGCAUCGCGCGAUAAGACAGUUAGACUUUGGGUUCCAACUGUUAUAGGAAGUACUGGAGUAUUUAAAGCACAUUCUCAAACUGUACGCUCUGUCCAGUUCAGUUCUGAUGGCUCUAAGAUUAUAACAGCCUCUGAUGAUAAAAUUGUGAAACUGUGGUCAAGUGAAAAGCACAAAUUCAUCGCAUCAUUUGUUGGUCACACAAACUGGGUACGAUGUGCAAGAAUGUCUAUUGAUGGAUCUGUCAUAGCUUCCUGCUCUGAUGAUAAGACAACCAGAUUAUGGAGUCCUGAUACAGGAGAAUGUAUACAUACAUAUAAGGAUCAAAAAGGAUAUGGAUUGCAUGUUGCUUGGCAUCCUUCAGGCUGCUACAUAGCUGUUGGGACCGCUCAUGGCAAUGUCAAGUUAUUUGACACCAGAACCCAUAAUUUAGUGCAAUAUUACAGUAUACACAAUGAUGCUGUGACACAACUGGCAUUCCACCCCAGUGGCAGCUAUAUACUUACUGCUAGUAAAGAUGGAAAAAUGAAGAUAUUGGAUUUAUUAGAAGGCCAUCCAAUAUUCACAUUGAGUGGACACAAUGGUAGUGUAGCUGCUGUUAAUUUCUCACCAAGUGGGGAGAGUUUUGCAUCAGCUGGUGAUGAUAAAUUGGGCAUGAUAAAAGCGUGGUAUAAGUGCUAUCACAGUGUCAAAUAUCCCAUUACCACAUUUGUCCAUGUUGAUGAUGAGCUUGAUGUACCUGAGCCUGGGAGAUUAUCCAGUUUACAAGAACCCAAUGCUAAUAGUACUUUGAUUGAACCAAGUGAGCAUACUCCAACAAAUAUGACAUCCCAAAGGACCAAUAAUACAUCAAACAAAUCACUACCAACCCAUUCAACCAGGUUUACUCCUAACUCACCUGUCCAUACAGAAAGUCAGUCUGGUGAAUAUUCCUAUAGUGUGGGCCAUAUAAGCCACAUACCUCGUAUCCCUCCUAGUCCUGCCACAUAUACUAUUCCCUCGUUUAUAAACAAAUGUAUAGGUACUGAACAUGAUAGUGAAGAGGAUAUAUUUGGUAUGAUAAAGUUAAAGGAAAAUGAUGUAUGCUACACAAAUGGCACUAUAGAGUGGGUUGGAAGGAAAAGAAGUUUCCCUAUAAAUAGUGGAUUUAAAAUACUCAAUGAAAUAGAUAGACCAAGUAAUGAACCUCGUUUAAAGAAAUCAAAAAGGUUUGAUAAGUCAUUUACCAAUGGAUUAAACAAAAUUAAAGAAUGUGAGUGUGCAGAUGUUCUACCAACUGUAAAUGCUAUAGUUGAUCAUUUGAAUGCUCUACAUGAAGCAGUUGAUCUUGUAGAUUUAAGGCUUGGCACACUGGAAGAUGUUAUGAGUAAAAAUUAAUAUAUAUAUAUAUAUAUAUAUAUAUAUAAUUAUUCUAUAUAUGUGAUAUGGUUUUGUUUGCUAUUAAAUAGCUUAUAAUGUUAUAAUGCAAUGAAAGUUGCUUUUCAAUAAUAUUGUUUUUAUUAUUUUUCAUCAUAAACAUGGAUUAUAUAAAUUAUUGAUUUAUUUAUAUGUAUUGAAAAUAUCUAUAAGUAGGAAAUAAUGUGUGACACUCUUUCAAUA